AGAGAGAAAAAGGAAAAAGUUUGUCAUUUUUUUUUUCUUAUUACAAAAACUAGAAACAAAUUAUCAAAAUCCUAUGAAAUGAAGUAAAAAGGGGAAAUAAAGGUUAAAUCCUCGGAAGCAGUCUGCUAGUUUUCUCCCGCCAAAGAAGGAAAAACAAAAGAACUUUUAAUAGAUGUUCUGUUUUUCUCUGUUUCGCUACCCGUCUCCUUUAAUCACUGAAUUAAAACCCCAGACUUUACUCUUGAAAGCCCAAUUCAAAACCCAAAAUUUUCCUCUUAAUUUCUCGCGAAACCAGCUUUUUACCAACUUUUUCACCGAAAGAAUUUCUGGGUAUCCAAUAAAAUCCCCUGCUCGUUCUUCUUCUUUGGAGGAUGAGUAUGACGUGGAAUUGGGCCUCCUUUUAGCUCUGUUGCCAGAGGAAAUGAGAAGCAGAAUCAGUGAACAUGAAGAGCUACGUGAGUUGAUUGAAGUGGUUAUGGAUUUAGGCAGGAAACCUUUGGCUAGAUUUCCUUCAGGGGAUUUUGUAUUAUCCGAUUGUCCAAUCACAGUUCAGGAUAUAGAGCAUGCUACUUCUAAGGUUGGUGAUUUUGCCAUCGAUAAUCGAGCAGGAAUCAGCCGAACAUUACAUCGCAUUAGUGCAAUCAGGAAUCGGAAGGGCACAAUUAUUGGUUUAACUUGUCGUGUUGGUAGGGCAAUAUCGGGAAGUGCUGAUUUGUUGAGAGAUUUAGUUCAAGAUGGGGCUUCCUUGCUGCUCAUUGGUCCUCCGGGAGUGGGGAAAACAACAAUUAUCAGGGAUAUAGGUAGGAUGCUUGCAAAUGACUACAAGAAACGUGUGAUGAUUGUUGACACGUCUAACGAGAUAGGUGGGAAUGGCGAUAUACCACAUGCUGGAAUUGGUAAUGCUCGGAGAAUGCAAGUCCCUGACUCUGAUAUGCAACAUAAGGUAUUGAUAGAAGCAGUUGAAAAUCAUAUGCCACAAGUGAUCGUGAUUGAUGAAAUCGGAACAAAACUUGAGGCAAUGGCUGCAUGCACAAUUGCACAACGUGGAAUUCAGCUAGUUGCCACUGCUCAUGGAGUAACCAUUGAGAAUUUGAUAAUGAAUCCUUCACUAGAGAUCCUUAUUGGGGGAAUACAGAGUGUGACUCUAGGGGAUGAAGAAGCAAAUCGAAGGGGUGUCCAGAAAACUGUGCUGGAGAGGAAAGGGCCAUCAACAUUUAGUUGUGGCGUGGAGAUUGUUUCUAAGACUGAGUUAUGUGUUCACCGCUGCCUUGAAGCAACAGUUGAUGCUGUUCUCUCUGGUCAUUUUCCUCGUGUUGAAAUCCGUAAGAUGAACUCUCAGGGGCUAGAAGCCACCUCACAGACUUCUACUGAUAUUGGCUCUGACAAGAAAGAUGUAGUAGUUGCUCGAGAUCUACUAGAGAUUAGCAAUGAAAAAAUUGGCAAUAAUCAAUUACCUCCUGAACUUUCUUCAAACAUGGCUGAGGAUUCUUUGGAAGACAGGGCUUUACUUCGUUUGUUUGUCUAUGGGAUCCCGGAGGCGAGUGUGAUACAAGGACUUAAAAAGUUGAAAAUGGAUGCUGCAGUUCAAUUAACUGAUAAUAUCAGUGAGGCAAAUGCAAUUCUUGCUCUGCUUUCGAAGCUUAGGAAGAACUCUGGGAUUCAAGCUGCAGCUAGAUCUCAUCACAUGCCUGUCUACGUGGCGAAGACAAGCUCAUUGAUGCAGAUAACAAAAGCCAUAGAGGCAUUAAAAGAUGAUUAUCCACAUGGAUUAAAGAAUCCUGGAUCAGAAGAUGAAAUGAAUAUUUCGGAGAAGGUUGAUGCCUUAGAGGAGGCAAGAAUAGCCAUUGAACAGGUAGUAAUCCCAAAAGGGGAACCUGUGGAACUACUCUCAAGGCCGCCCCACAUUAUGUCUCUACAAGUAGAGCUCAUUCAGAAAUACCAACUACAGUCAGAGAAAGUUGUCAAAGGGUCAGACGUACGUUUACGUAUCCUCCCAUUUCAGCUUACAACGAAUGAGGUCAUCAAUAACUCAAGUAAGAACAUUGAUGCAAAUGAGGUUCACAAUUUUGACGGUUACGGUGCAAAUGGUUCCCCACACAGUGUGGACAGGUUACCUCUCCUGCCUGAUUAAUUACUAGUCAGCAUGUGUCAUACAUUGAACAUUGCCACAGUCGUUAGUUUUCUAGCCGCCUCACAUGUUCUUGCAUGGUGGCCUGCAAUGCAUUCCUUUAGAUUUUGCUGGUUUCUGUUGGAUGUCUUAACAUCAGAAAAACGAAAUGACUGGAAUAUCAUUACAUGGUUGAUUAUCUGGAUUCUUUGA